AUGCCAUCAGCGACAGGAACCAAGCGCGUCAGAGGCGUCUCUGUCUUCCGGCCAUUCGUCUUUGGCAGUGAAGCCCAACCCUUCGACCCAGCCAAGAAACCUCCCCACGUCCCAGCAGACCACACGCACCAGUGGCGCGUAUUCGUGAAAGGCGUCAACGACGAAGACAUCUCCUACUGGCUCAAGAAAGUACAAUUCAAGCUCCACGAGACUUACGCCCAGAACGUGCGAACGAUCGAACAGGCCCCCUUCGAAGUGACCGAGACCGGAUGGGGUGAAUUCGAGAUCCAGAUCAAAUUAUACUUUGUUCCGGAGUCAACCGAGAAGCCACAGACCCUAUGGCAUAGCUUGAAGUUGCAUCCGUACGGGCCAGACGCGGAAGCGAAGAAAGAGCGCCGCGAGCUGGUGAUCAGCCAGAACUACGAGGAGGUGGUGUUCAAUGAACCCGUAGAGCAGUUUUAUGAGCUCUUGACGGGUGGCGCCGGGGCAGCAGGGCAGCCGCAGAAGGGGAAGAGUGGCAAGAAUACCAAGCAGUCGCAGCAGCAGCAGAAGGGAGUAAGAACGGCUGAGAUUCCGGCGAACUCGUCCGCGGAGAAUCCGUAUAGUCGGACGACGGAGAGUAGUGAAAUGGAUCGGUUGGGGGAGGCGAAUAAGACGGUUGAACGGAUGAUCAAAGAGGAAAGGGAACGGUUGAUUGAGCGGGAGAAGAAGUUGGCGGAGCUGCGUGCGAGUGAGGGCGUUCCGGCUACUACGAAGAAGCGUUAA